AGAAGUGUCGUAACUUCCGGUACCGCUUCUUCCUUUGUCUCUUCGCUGUCUUUGGACGUAGACUGGAUAUUUAUUUUAUUAUCAUGUCUUUUAUUUCACUUUGAAAGGGGAUAUUUUGUAUAUCCAUUAUUUCCACGGCUACUGAAUGACAUUCGAGCUUGAUACAUAUAUGCCUAAAAGCAAAGCGCCGAAAAUGGAUGACCUGGACUACAUCCCGGUGGACUUAAGCCCGGAAGAACGUUCUGAGCUGGAGGACAUCAGGAGGAGGAAGGGAGCCCUGCUUCUGGAGAUUCAGAGGCUCAGGGAAGAGCUGAGGGAGGCUAUAAUUGAAGUGGAAGGCCUUGAGACCAGCACAGAGGGCAGUAAAACUCUACAGAAAAGUAGGCAUGUUGCCAUGGGAAGGAAGAAGUUUAACAUGGACCCCAAGAAGGGCAUUGCAUUCUUGGUGGAGAAUGAGCUACUCAGGAACACAGCUGAAGACAUUGCCCAGUUCCUGUACAAAGGAGAAGGGCUGAACAAAACAGCAAUUGGGGACUAUCUGGGUGAGAGGGAUGAGUUCAACAUUAAAGUUCUCCAGGCAUUUGUUGACCUUCAUGAAUUCACUGAUCUCAACUUGGUGCAGGCGCUGAGGCAGUUCCUAUGGAGUUUUCGCCUCCCAGGUGAAGCCCAGAAGAUUGACAGGAUGAUGGAGGCUUUUGCUCAAAGAUACUGUCACUGUAACCCUGGAGUCUUUCAAAGCACAGACACGUGCUAUGUGCUCUCAUUUGCUAUCAUCAUGUUGAACACCAGUCUUCACAACCCAAAUGUUAGGGACAAGCCUGGUGUGGACCGGUUCAUCUCCAUGAACAGAGGAAUCAAUGAUGGAGGGGACCUCCCAGAGGAGCUGCUAAGAAAUCUUUAUGACAGCAUCAAGAAUGAACCCUUCAAAAUCCCAGAAGAUGAUGGCAAUGAUCUCACACAUACUUUCUUCAAUCCAGACCGAGAGGGCUGGCUCCUUAAGCUGGGAGGACGGGUAAAAACGUGGAAGAGGCGGUGGUUCAUCCUGACAGAUAACUGCCUGUACUACUUUGAAUACACUACAGACAAGGAACCCAGAGGAAUCAUUCCUCUAGAGAACCUGAGCAUUCGUGAAGUUGAAGAUCCUCGAAAGCCUAAUUGUUUUGAGCUGUACAUCCCAAACAACCGUGGGCAGCUGAUCAAGGCCUGUAAGACAGAAGCAGAUGGCCGCGUGGUAGAAGGGAACCACAUGGUGUAUCGCAUCUCUGCCCCUACGCCCGAGGAGAAGGACGAGUGGAUACACGCCAUCAACUCUGCUGUGAGUGUGGACCCUUUCUAUGAAAUGCUUGCUGCCAGAAAGAAACGCAUCUCUCUAAAGAAGAAAGAAGAGCAACCUUAAAUUAUUCUGUAUGCCCCUCCCCUGCAUUCUCAUUCCAGUAUGGAACAAAAGACUUCUUAUUAUUCAUCUUCCAAUUUCUUUAAGCACAGCUCAUCCAUCCCCUUUUCUCCCAACACCACAAAGGCUUUUUUCUUCAAUUUGAAGAGGUUUUGCUACCCUUUUUAAUAGAUUUUUCAGUCUAUUGAAGUCCUGCAGUUGUAAAGAAUUCUACUGUGGGGUAACUCAAACACUAAAGUGCUGUCUAAAGACUACAGUCAUGACUACAGAGCUCUUAUGUCAACUAGUAUCUACACUUGUCUACUGCAGAAAUAUUUGGUCCACUCUGGCUCUUGCAUGACUACUUGUAAAGUACACUACACUGCUGCCAAAGGUUGACUGUACACAUAGUUGUUGUUACAGGACCACUUGGUUCACUGCACUGCUACUACAGGACUACUCUGUACACUCCAGUGUUACCAACUGGACAUCGUGGUAAAUUUGACUGCUCUGCUAGGAGUCUAACAUGACUCCAGCACUUGCUACACUACGCCCAGUACUUCUCUGUCAUUAUGUCAGUAAUAAGUUUGUAUUCAGACUUCAUGUGAAGUACCUAAAAUCAUUUGAGAGGGUAGCAAAAACACUCUCCAUCUUCCUAGAUCAGACCAGGUCAUGUUCAGCUCUAUGAUCAUACUUAGCCUAAGAAUAGUAUGUUCAUGUUUGAGAUGCUAAAACAGUAGAAACAUGAGUAGCAUGGCAAGUUACUAAAGGAAAAGCUUGAGGUCAUUGCUGUUGGAUUUUUACUGUUUGUGGAAAAAUCACUGAAGUUUUUCCAGAGUCAGUUUGGCUUUGUGAAAUGUUUGCCAUAGUUUUAAGUUGAGGUUUCACUGUGGUAGAGUUUCUGAUGAUUCACAAGACUGACAAAAUACAUAAAAAUAUACUUUCUUCAUGUUUACAUAUACUGAAUUUCCAAUUGGGAAGGAGUUGUAAAUGUGCAGUAUCACUGUUUGUUUAGUUAAUGAAGUGUUUAAGAAAACAAAUGUCUGCACUGCACGGUUCAGUGGAUACAUUGGAAAUGAGGGCUGUUUGACUGAAUCUCUUAACAUACUUUUAACAGUAACUUUGAGACUAUUAUAUGCAAUGUGGUUGUGGUAGCAGGCAGACGUGUGUGUGUGUGUGUGUGUGUGUGUGU